CCGGAUGAGGCGGCGACCGUGAGGCCGAGCCGGGAGCGGAGCGGAGCGGCGAGGAGAGGCGCGGAGGCCCAGGUGGGCCUCUAGGACGGGGCCGCCAUGGGCAACCGCGGCAUGGAGGAGCUGAUCCCGCUGGUCAACAAGCUGCAGGACGCCUUCAGCUCCAUCGGCCAGAGCUGCCACCUCGACCUGCCGCAGAUCGCCGUGGUGGGCGGCCAGAGCGCCGGCAAGAGCUCGGUGCUCGAGAACUUCGUGGGCCGCGACUUCCUUCCCCGAGGUUCGGGCAUCGUCACCAGAAGGCCCCUCAUCCUGCAGCUCAUCUUCUCAAAAACAGAAUAUGCCGAGUUUUUGCACUGCAAGUCCAAAAAGUUUACAGAUUUCGAUGAAGUGCGACAAGAGAUUGAAGCCGAGACCGACAGGGUCACUGGGACCAACAAGGGCAUCUCACCGGUGCCCAUCAACCUUCGGGUCUACUCGCCUCACGUGUUGAACCUGACUCUCAUCGACCUCCCGGGCAUCACCAAGGUGCCCGUGGGGGACCAGCCCCCGGACAUCGAGUACCAGAUCAAGGACAUGAUCCUGCAGUUCAUUGGCCGGGAGAGCAGCCUCAUCCUGGCUGUCACCCCUGCCAACAUGGACCUGGCCAACUCUGAUGCCCUCAAGAUGGCCAAGGAGGUAGACCCCCAAGGCCUGCGGACCAUCGGCGUCAUCACCAAGCUGGACCUCAUGGAUGAAGGCACCGAUGCCAGGGAUGUGCUGGAGAAUAAACUGCUGCCUUUGAGAAGAGGCUAUAUUGGGGUGGUGAACCGCAGCCAGAAGGACAUUGAGGGACGGAAGGACAUUCGUGCCGCUCUUGCUGCUGAGCGGAAGUUCUUCCUCUCGCACCCUGCCUACCGGCACAUGGCAGACCGUAUGGGCACCCCGCACCUGCAGAAGACACUGAAUCAGCAACUCACCAACCACAUCCGGGAGUCGCUACCCACUCUGCGCAGCAAACUGCAGAGCCAGCUGCUGUCGCUGGAGAAGGAAGUGGAGGAAUACAAAAACUUCCGGCCCGACGACCCCACGCGCAAGACCAAAGCCCUGCUGCAGAUGGUUCAGCAGUUUGGCGUGGACUUUGAGAAGCGGAUCGAGGGCUCGGGGGACCAAGUGGAUACGCUGGAAUUGUCAGGCGGUGCCCGCAUCAACCGCAUCUUCCACGAGCGCUUCCCCUUUGAACUGGUGAAGAUGGAGUUUGAUGAAAAGGACCUGCGACGGGAGAUCAGCUACGCCAUCAAGAACAUCCACGGCGUCAGGACGGGGCUCUUCACCCCGGACAUGGCGUUCGAGGCGAUCGUGAAAAAGCAGGUGGUGAAGCUGAAGGAGCCGUGUCUGAAAUGCGUGGACCUGGUUAUCCAGGAGCUAAUCAGUACAGUUAGGCAGUGCACCAGUAAGCUCAGCUCCUACCCCCGGUUGCGAGAGGAGACUGAGCGCAUCGUCACCACCUACAUCCGGGAGCGGGAGGGGAGAACCAAGGACCAGAUUCUACUUCUCAUCGACAUCGAGCAAUCGUAUAUCAACACCAACCACGAAGACUUCAUUGGAUUCGCCAAUGCCCAACAGAGGAGCACGCAGCUCAACAAGAAGCGGGCUGUGCCCAACCAGGGGGAGAUCUUGGUGAUCCGGAGGGGCUGGCUGACCAUCAACAACAUCAGCCUCAUGAAGGGCGGCUCCAAGGAGUACUGGUUCGUGCUCACGGCCGAGUCACUGUCCUGGUACAAGGACGAGGAGGAGAAGGAGAAGAAGUACAUGCUGGCACUGGACAACCUGAAGAUCCGGGAUGUGGAGAAGGGCUUCAUGUCCAACAAACACGUCUUCGCCAUCUUCAACACCGAGCAGAGAAAUGUGUACAAGGACCUGCGGCAGAUCGAGCUGGCCUGCGACUCGCAGGAGGACGUCGACAGCUGGAAGGCCUCCUUCCUCCGUGCUGGCGUGUAUCCCGAAAAGGACCAGGCGGAGAACGAAGAUGGGGUGCAGGAGAACACCUUCUCCAUGGACCCACAGCUGGAGCGGCAGGUGGAGACCAUCCGGAACCUGGUGGACUCGUACGUGGCCAUCAUCAACAAGUCCAUCCGUGACCUCAUGCCCAAGACCAUCAUGCACCUCAUGAUCAACAGCACCAAGGCUUUCAUCCACCACGAGCUACUGGCCUACCUGUACUCGUCGGCCGACCAGGGCAGCCUGAUGGAGGAGUCAGCUGAGCAGGCGCAGCGGCGGGAUGACAUGCUCCGCAUGUACCACGCGCUCAAGGAGGCGCUGGGCAUCAUCGGGGACAUCAGCACCAGCACCGUGUCCACGCCCGUGCCCCCGCCCGUUGACGACACCUGGCUGCAGAGCACCAGCUCCCACAGCCCGACGCCACAGCGCCGACCUGUGGCCAGUGGGCACCCGCCCGGCCGGCCUCCUGCUGUGAGGGGCCCCACCCCAGGGCCCCCCCUGACGCCAGUGCCAGUGGGGGCCGCCGCAGCUGCCUUCUCCGCACCCCCCAUCCCAGCCCGGCCUGGCCCUCGGAUGGUCUUUGCCAACAAUGACCCCUUCGCACCCCUGCCCCAGGUCCCAGUUCGGAUCCCCCCCAGCAUCCCCCCCGGAGUACCCAGCAGGAGGCCCCCUGCCGCGCCCAGCCGGCCCACCAUUAUCCGUCCGGCCGAGCCAUCCCUGCUCGACUAGGCCGGGGGGUCGCUGGGACCAGCCCCACUUCCUGGAGGGGCCCAGCACUGACAGGCGGGAGGGGGGAUGCCAUGCUUUGGGGGGACUAUGGGGAGGUGGAGGCACUGACCCACAGAUACCGUUGUACACAAGGUGCCCAGGCUGGCCACACCCUAAUAAACCGGUGUCUGGGCUCUGGGGUGUCUGCACCCCACAUCAAGGUCUCACCUGCGCCUUCCUUGGCCGCAGUAACGCGCAGCUCAGCCCCGGUGCCUUUGCGGGGUCCUGGCCCCCAGACCACCCUCCACCCUGUCCCCCUCCCUUCCCAGGUGUCCAGAGGGGGUUGAUCUGGGAAGCUGAGGGGACCCCUCCCUUGCUCCCUACUGGGCCAGUCCCCAUAAGUGCCUGCACUCUGUACCCCAAGGGCUCAAAUAAACGGAGGCGCUUCCUCUGAA